GUUUUGUCACUUUGAGUUCGGGAGCCUUCGUCAUCAUGGUGGUGAUCUGCCGCGCGUUGAGCCAGGAGCUGUCGCUGCCUGGGCUGGAAGCAUGCGCCGUGGACGUCAUCCGCAUUCUCCAAACAAGCGACUCGUACGGCGCCGUGCCGCCCAUCGUGUCCAACUUGGUAUUGUGUCUUGUGAUCGCCACAGUGUCGUUUCUCCUGCAAGCGUCGACGGGCAACUACUCUCACGUCGACCGUUUAUGGUCGAUUACUCCCGUGCUUUACUCGUGGAACUACCUGUUUGUGGCUUGGAGCCGCGGUCUUGCCGCAGACGUGCGUCUCGUGGUGUUGGUGCUGCUGAUCACGCAAUGGGGAUGUCGACUGACGUUCAACUUUUACCGCAAGGGCGGAUACCAAUGGACGGCUGAGGACUAUCGAUGGGCAUACACGCGGACGUGGUUCCCGCACGCGGUGCUGUGGCACGCGUUCUCAUUGACGUUCAUCGCGUUCUACCAGCACAUUUUGCUCUUCCUGAUCACGUGCCCGCUCCAAGUGGUGUUUAACGUAUGGGAAAACAAGUACAAAAGCGACAUAUUGGACAACUGGACAAUGUGGGAUUCUGGCCUGGCGCUGUUGUUUGCUGGGUUGCUCGUACUGGAAACCAUUGCGGACCAGCAGCAAUGGAACUUCCAGCAAGUCAAAUGGGGCCUGCUGAAACGAACGAAAAAGCCACUGCCUCAACUGCCCCACCCGUACAACGUUGGCUUUUGCACCACGGGCGUGUUUGCUUAUAGUCGGCACCCCAACUUUUUUGCUGAGCAAGGGUUGUGGUGGACGGUGUACCUGUUCUCCGUGUCGGCUCGUGGCCAUCACAACUGGACAGUUCUCGGAACGUUCUUGCUCACACUGUUAUUCCAAGGCAGCACACGGCUCACCGAGCACUUGACCCGUCAAAAGUACCCUUCUUAUGCCCUUUACCAAGCUCAAGUGUCCAUGCUACUGCCCCUGUGGCCUUUUUCGUUUCAAGCACCCAAACAAGAUUAAUAGUUAUUCUUGUUUUUGGCUUGGGGCAUUCAUUAC